AUGAAUUUGCCACCAAUUUCUUUCGAGUCGGAGGAAAACUUUGAAAAUUUGUUUGAAGGCAUGAAGGCGAAAAUGUGGGAGGAGGAAGGUAAAAGUAAAGAGGCGUCUCACGCGCGCAUUACUAAAGAAGACGACAAGAUGUCUAGCGAGGCUACUACACAACAGGAAAAGUCAAAAGUAAAUUUUGCGAGUGCAGCAACUCGCCCCUGUGAUAAUAUAGUUAUUAACAAAGAAGAAUUAAAGAAAUACCAAGGUUUACUAAAAAAAGAAGGAAAGAGAACUUCAAAAAUAACGGUCACGGAUAUUCCACCCGAAAUAGAUGUGGCCUUUGUCAUAGCCGCUAUUCUCUUAGGCAAAGAGGAUGAAAUUGCCAUUCUUCAGUCUAAGAGAUAUCGCCACAUGAACUGGUUUGGACAAGAUUUAGAGCUUGUGAUCCAAGCAAACCCCUCAGACUUAGAAAAAGUGCCCAGUUCCCUCACAAUUGGAGAAAAUACCUAUUGGUUUGUGUCUCCAAGUCUGAAGUUGUUACCUGCUACAUCAUUAUCAACAUCACCAUCAUUACUUGAUAUAUGUUUUCCAUGUUUAACAAGUGCUGUCUCUGACUACCUUGAUUACCUAAUCAACCCAUUUGUCCGCAAGAAAUAUACCCACACCCCUGAUCCCAUCAGUGUUCCCAGCUCAGAAAAUCUUAUACCUGUAUUCUUUGCCUGUGAGGAACCUAGUAGAACUUCCUCUCCAUCUUACUUCUUGGAUACAGCACAAAUCUACUCAUCUCCAUUCAAGCAUUUCAACAAUCUCACCAGCCCUACCUUUCAAUGUGCCAAUAUUAAGUGUACCAACUCUGAGGUUGUGGAAGUUUUACCAAAAUCAGUCACAAUCAAGAGUAUUUCUAACACAGUUCCUGUGGAAAAUCAGAACAAAAGUUAUGAAUGCCUUAUUAAAGACACCAACCCUGAAUUUUCAGUCUUUUGGUUGAUUACUAAGAAUGAUGGAACUCAAAAAAAUGCCACAAAGUAUAUUUCAAACAAGUCAAGCAAAUCAGGAAAGCUGAGCACUUUAUCAUCAGAACUGACAUUAACCCUUAAUAAGUAUUUUAAGGAAUUACAGUGUGUUGCAUAUUUUCCGGGUAAAAGUGAAUUUGAUAACCAUUCAAAGGAACUCGAUUUGGAUAUAAAAUAUUCUCCAGAAAGAGAUGACUUAACACUAAAUGUUUCUAGAGGAAAAGUAUGCGUUGAUACUCCAAUCAAAUUCCGCUGCAGUUGGAAAGGUGGUGAUCCACCAGCAAGUGUAACCCUGAAAUAUGAAAAAUACUCAAAUACUAGUAAAGAAGAAGUUGAAAUUAAUGUAAAACCUUCCAAAUUUCAUCAAACAGUCAAGUGUCUGGGCAUUCAUAUUGCUGCAAAUGUGUCUCGUGAAAAGAAUUUAACUAUUUAUUAUCCACCUGAUAUGGUAGAAAUCAAGGCUGAUGAACCCUUUCUUGAAGGUGACAAAGGCAUUUUGCAUUGUAAGGCAAGAAAUGGAUAUCCAGAAAAGUACAGCUACAGGUGGGAUCCAAGUAAGAAGACCUCACAAAAUUUAACAUUUCCUCAACUCAAUCGAACACACAAUAAUGAGGAUUACACUUGUUAUGUUUCUAACAAGUGCAGUAAAAGAGAAUUACAUAAAACACAUUGGAUCAAUGUAGAAUAUCCACCUGAUAUUACUGCACCAGAGAAUGUGACAUUAUUUGAGAAUCAAGCAUCCAUUAUAGACUGUAAUGCAAAAGGAAACCCUACCCCAGAAGUGUGGUUGGAGAAUGAAAAUCGAAAAUUCCUUUCAAAUUCAAUAUUAACUUUUAAUCGUAAAAAUAUCAGUCGUGUUUUCUGCUCUGCCAUUGCAAAGAGUGAAAAGAAUGGAAAUUUCCGAGAUAGAAAGGAAAUUAAUAUCCUGUUGAAAUAUCCUCCUCAAGUAAACAUUCAUAUUUCAAAUGAGCCAAAUAAAAUAAUAAUUAGUUGCACUGCAUCUGGUGGAAAUCCAGCAAAUCAUAAAUAUGAACUGAAGCAAAAAUGGGGAAACACCAUUAAGAAUACUUAUGAUAUAAAAGUAUUAUCUAUAAAUCCUUCCUUCAGUAAUACUGGUACAUGGGAGUGUCAUGUAAGCAAUGAUGAUUUUCUUGUGAUUAAGUCAUCAAACUACAAAAUUCCAGUGAGACCUAUGUUCAGUUCAGGAUCAAAUGGUCCAAAACAGAGAAAUGUUUCCAAUGGAGAAACUGUAAUUUUGAAACAGUGUUUUUAUUCGCAUCCAAAAUCUGAUGUAAAAUGGCAGAAAAAUGAGGAAUCAAUUGACUCAAACAAAUAUUUAAUAACUGAUUAUUUCCCAAAUGAGUUUCCUUUCAAAGGAAGCUGUACUAGUUUGAAGAUAGAAGACACCAAAGAUGAUGUUAUAGAUACUUAUACCUUAACAGUGGAAAACUCCGAAGGAAAAGAAACUGUUGUUUUUACUUUGAGAUAUAAGAAAAAGCAAGCAAGAAAUACCUAUGGAAAUAAUUAUUGGUUGCACUGUCGGAAUUGUAUUAUUAUUAAUAAUAAUGGGUUCUUACUUAUAUAUUCUACAAAAGAGGAGGUUUUAAAUGCAAUAAAGAGUACUGAAAAUAAUUAUGCAACUAUUCCAGAUGAAGCUCUCACUAAUGAAGAGCAAUAUGCUGAAGCUAGUGGGCCCAGUUAUUUAGAAUUGAAACCAGCAGACAUGAAGAUUUCUUACGUUAAUGUUUCAAGGAAACCUGAUGAUGCUGUGGAAGAACAAUGUGCUGAGGUUAGCGAGCCGAAAUAUUUAGAAAUGGGACAACGAAACACGGAUGGUACUUACGUUAACGUUUCAAAGAAACCUGCUGUUGUGGAAGAACAAUGUGCUGAGGUUAGCGAGCCGAAAUAUUUAGAAAUGGGACAACGAAACACGGAUGGUACUUACGUUAACGUUUCAAAGAAACCUGCUGGUUACCAGUGAAGGUCUAUGUUCUUCAGAUGAACAAAAGAAACCUAGAAGCUUCCAGAACUGAAUGAAACCUUGUGAGCAACCAAUCAGUCUCUUUGUCAUCAUUUCAUGGACACUUUUGCAAGCACUGAAGAUUUGAACUAAAUAUCUGAUACUACCAUAAAAUUAUUGAUUUCUGUUAUAUGCUAUAACUGCUUUGUUUUUGUAUAUAAUUCAUUGACAAUUUCUUGAUUUAUCUUCAGUCUUUAUAAAUGUCUAUCUAUAACUAAACAUUUGCAUCAAUGAAGUAAACCCAAUUAAAUUUCAGUAUUUCUUUCCUCUUAUAUGAGUCAUCAUCAUUUAAACACUGUAUGGAUAUUUAACAACAUAGUUAUGAAUAUCAUUGAUUUUUGGAACAUUUUAGAAUAAUCUCUUGAAAAAAAAUUAAGAAUUUGAAUUCAUGUCAAUUUUCUACAAAUGACCAGCAAUUAUGAUUGGGUUUUUUCCACAUUAAAUAUAUUCUUGAAACCAUUUACAACUUCAUGAUUAAAAUGUGAUGCUCACUUUACAAAAGUUCAUUAUAUACUUUCUGUUAUUUUACUGCAUCGGAAUCAAUGCAUUCAGAUUUCAUUCUGUCACAUUUAUACAUACAUAAAUUCAGAAUUAUAAUCCUUGAUAUUAUCAAGUUUUAAAUUCAAUCUUUUCAGCCCUUUUAAAUCCAAGGUCAUUUUUUUUAAAUACUAAAAUUAUGUGUACCAGAAUUCAUUUUUCUUUUUGGUGAUUGUGAAGCUAUAUGUUUUUUAUACCCACAUUUAACCAUUCUUUCUAUAAAGAAAUACUUCACCUUAUAUGCUAUACCAUUGUAAUAUAUUUACUAAAAGGAAAAAGAUCACUGUACAUAUAUGGAAUUCUUCCAACAAUAAUGCAUGUUAGAGAUGUUCCAAUGUUAAGUCUGUCAUUGCUUGUGAACAGUUAUCACAUUGUUCCUGCAAAAGUGCUUGAUUAUUUUUGUCUUAAAUAAAUACCUUGAAAUAUUUAAUUUCUUACCAAUUCUAUUUUUCUAUUCAAAUAAAUAUGGAUUAUUGUGCAUUUUAAUUAGUAAUUUUAUCACUAUUUCAGCAAGUCCUAUCAAGGCUAGUCUUUGCUAAUAAAGUCAUAAUAAAGCCAAAAUAUAUUCAGAGUUGAUAAAAAUAUCAAGAUAUUAUCAUUAAUUAAUAUCAUGAUGUUUUUAGCUGCUUAUUUAUUUCUAGUUUAUUUUCUAACUCUCCAUGCUUUAAAUAUGUUAUUAGUAGCUUUUCUUUGUUUUCUUACCUAAAAACUAUCUCACAGACAUCAAGCUAAGUUACGAGAAGUUAACAGAAGUCAAAUGCACUUAUGAACAAGACAGGAGGAAAUGAAGAAGUAACAAUUGAGAAAAUGAAAACAAAAAGAUGAAAAAAUGAGAGUGUGUGAAAAGGUGAGUUUUUAAUAGAUUACAUAAACAUCAAAACACUUAAAAAAAAGAUAGACCAGCAGAAAAACUAUGUAUCUUACAACAAAAUACAAAUUUAGAAUUUUAAAUCUAUAUCCUAGUUUAAGUCUGUUUUUUGUGUGUAUGCACUCGCACAGAAGAAGAACUGACUAAAUUACCAAAUUAUUAGUCAAUUUGCUUCCAAUUAGCUUCAUAUCCUAAGACAGACAAAGAUUUGUUCCUUUUUUAAUAAUAUUAUAUAAAAAUGUAAAUACUGGCUUUUCAAGAACAGUUAAUUUCCUUUUGUUAUAAUUUAGUAAAUUCCCUUUUUCUCUCUCUCUCUCUCUCUCUCUCUCUCUCUCUCUCUGUGCAUGUGUGUAUGUAAAACAGGCUUAAACUAAGGUAUAAAUUGAAAAUACUAAAUUUGUAUUUUUUUGUAAGAUACAUAAUUUUCCUUCUGGUUUAUCUCUUCAGGCGUUUUAAGGUUUAUGUAAUCUAUU